AACAGAGUUGGCGAGGUGGCUUCAUUUUAACAGACCUUAAUUUGCCUUCUAACAGCCCUUACUACUUUCAGAUUAAAUUUGUUGCUUUUAAUCACUACUUAAAACAUGGCACCAGCUAGGGCAAACCAAUCACGAGUGCUGAUCAAGGGAGGCAAAGUUGUCAACCAUGACUUUGCAGAGAAGGCAGAUGUGUACAUAGAGGGGGGUCUCAUCAACCAAGUGGGGGAGAACCUGUCUGUACCUGGAGGAGCCACAGUGGUAGAUGCCACUGGAAAACUUGUCAUUCCAGGUGGCAUUGAUGCACAAACCCACAUGCAGUUGCCAUUAAAUGGCCAAGUGGCCAUAGACGACUUCUACUCCGGCACCCGAGCAGCAGUGGCCGGAGGCACGACCAUGAUCAUAGACUACGUCAUCCCCCAAAAAGGGGAGGGGCUUCUGAGUGCCUAUGAGAAGUGGAGACAGUGGGCGGAUUCGAAAGUGUGUGUUGAUUUCUCUUUUCACGUGGCAGUCACGUGGUGGUCGGAACAGGUCAAGCACGACAUGGAGACAUUAGUCAAAGAGAAAGGUGUGAACUCGUUCAAGAUGUUCAUGGCAUACAAGGACAUGUUCCAGCUAAGUGAUGCGCAGAUGAUAGAGGUGUUCAAGACGUGUAAAGAUUUGGGCGUUGUGGCCAUAGUCCAUGCUGAGAAUGGAGACAUGGUGGCUGAGCUGCAGAAGAAGAUGAAGUCCCUGGGUAUCACGGGGCCAGAAGGACAUGUCUACAGCAGACCUGAAGCGGUAGAGUGCGAGGCAGUUCAACGGGCUAUAACACUGGGCACCGUUUUCAGCGUGCCUAUUUUCCUGCCAGUAUCGGGCAAGGGCGCCUCAGACGUGAUUAGGAAGGCGCGCCACGAAGGCCAGGUAGUGUUCGGAGAGGCCCUAGCGGCUAGUUUGGGCACAGAUGGCACCAACUACUUCAACAAGAGCUGGUCACAUGCCGCAGGUCACGUGACAUGUCCCCCUCUGCGUCCCGAUGUCACAACCCCCAAGUAUCUGAUGCAACAAAUGGCCGGUGGAUCCCUGGACUGCGUAGGAAGCGACAACUGCACUUUCAGCACCGAACAGAGGGCACUCGGAAAAGACGACUUCACUAAGAUCCCCAGUGGAGUCAACGGAGUGGAGGAUCGCAUGUCAAUCGUGUACACCAAGGGAGUCAAAGAAGGCAUCAUUGACGAGUGUAAGUUCGUUGAUGUGACUUCGACCAAGGCAGCCCAGAUUUUCAAUCUGUACCCGAAGAAAGGAAGGAUUGCACCUGGGUCAGAUGCGGAUGUAGUAGUGUGGGAUCCGAAUGUGAAGCGAACCAUCUCCAAGGACACUCAUCAUCAGGCGGUGAACUUCAACAUCUUCGAGGGCCAGGAGGUAUUUGGGAAGCCAGUGUUUGUGUUCAGUCAGGGUGCUGCGGUGUUGGAGGACGGGACUCUGCGAGUAACCGCGGGACAUGGCAAGUAUGUGAACAGGAAGCCCAACUGCAGUCACGUGUACAGUCUCCUUCAUCAGAGAGAACAGGCUCAUCAGCCGACGGCCGUGAACCGCGAGGGAUACACUGGACAGGUUGCAGAUGCGAACGCCAGUCCGGCGGCACCGAAGACGCCCUCUAGUGGAGGUAUCAGUCCCAGAAAUGAAUCGGGAGACGCUACUGCGAGGAAGACUGGACCACCUGCUGGACAGACCGACUUGCACAGAUCCGGAUUCAGACUGGAUGGACACCAGACGGAUGACGACAGGCCAAUUAGACCGUCGAGCCGAGUGAUCCGAGAGCCCGGAGGAGGAUCGAGUAUCAACUUCGGCUAGAUGACACUCUUCGGCCAAACACACUACUGAACUGCAUCCCACUCAGGCGAACGAAAUAAGCACCAGUAAUAAUAUGCAACACACAUAUGACACGUUACCUCUCUUCAUCUAACUGACUUUCUCAGUUUGAACUCAUUUUAACCAGCUUUUAACUAGUUCAUCCCUUAGAAAUGUCUCAACUUUAGAAGGUUGCAAAUGUUAAAGACAGACUUUAAAAAAUCGAAAGUAUCCAAAAAAAAUUACAUGAAAUUACAUACUGUCGAUUAUUGACCUUUGAACAAAAAAAGUCGGUCUUGAUGUUUUGCUCUUUUUAUAGAAAGAACAAGUGUCAUGUUUUGCACCUAUGUUCAUCGAAUCUCUGCUCUUUCUUUUUGUAGUUGUAAUUUCAAUGAUUUUCUUAAUCUUUGUAUAUAGCAGCGAUGGUUGAUUUUAAUGUUGAUUAUUUAUACAGACAAACUUUUACUCGUGAGUUUUGCAUUUUGAUUGGCAUGGAAUAAAAUUGGUUGAUUCUAUUGGAUUUUACAAUAAUACCAAGCUUGCAGGAGCGGAAAUUUGUUACUUAUGUGGAGUUUUCCUAUUUGCCGAAAUGUUAAUUUGAUUGUGAAUUUGAAUUUAAAAUCGAACUUCGAA